CGGCUCUCGCAACUCAAGAUGGCGGAUGAGAGUGAGACAGCAGUGAAGCUGCCGGCACCUUCGCUGCCACUGAUGAUGGAAGGGAAUGGAAACGGCCAUGAGCACUGCAGCGAUUGCGAGAACGAGGAGGACAACAGCCACAACAGGAGUGGCUUGAGUCCAGCCAAUGACACCGGUGCCAAAAAGAAAAAAAAGAAACAAAAGAAGAAGAAAGAGAAAGGCAACGACAUGGAGUCCACCCAGGACCAGCCUGUGAAGAUGAACUCUUUGCCAGCAGAGAGGAUCCAGGAAAUACAGAAGGCCAUUGAGCUGUUCUCAGUGGGUCAGGGACCCGCCAAGACCAUGGAGGAGGCCAGUAAACGAAGCUACCAGUUCUGGGAUACACAGCCAGUGCCCAAAUUAGGUGAAGUGGUAAACACCCAUGGUCCAGUGGAACCUGACAAAGACAACAUUCGCCAGGAGCCCUACACCCUGCCCCAGGGCUUCACUUGGGAUGCCUUGGACCUGGGAGACCGUGGUGUGCUGAAAGAACUGUACACCCUCCUGAACGAGAACUAUGUGGAGGACGAUGAUAACAUGUUCCGAUUUGACUAUUCCCCAGAGUUUCUUCUGUGGGCUCUCCGGCCACCAGGCUGGCUCCCUCAGUGGCACUGCGGGGUCCGAGUAGUCUCGAGUCGGAAGCUGGUUGGGUUCAUCAGUGCCAUCCCAGCAAACAUCCACAUCUAUGACACAGAGAAGAAGAUGGUGGAGAUCAACUUCCUGUGUGUCCACAAGAAGCUGCGCUCCAAGAGGGUGGCUCCGGUUCUGAUCCGAGAGAUAACCCGGCGGGUCCACCUGGAGGGCAUUUUCCAAGCUGUUUACACUGCCGGAGUGGUAUUGCCAAAGCCUGUUGGCACCUGCAGGUACUGGCAUCGGUCCCUAAAUCCUCGGAAGCUGAUUGAAGUGAAGUUCUCCCACCUGAGCAGGAAUAUGACUAUGCAGCGCACCAUGAAGCUCUACCGACUGCCAGAGACUCCCAAGACAGCUGGGCUACGACCAAUGGAAAAGAAGGACAUUCCAGUAGUGCACCAGCUGCUCAGCAGGUACCUGAAGCAGUUUCACCUCACCCCUGUCAUGAACCAGGAGGAGGUGGAGCACUGGUUCUACCCCCAGGAGAACAUCAUUGACACAUUUGUGGUAGAGAAUGCCAACGGUGAGGUGACUGAUUUCCUGAGCUUUUACACACUUCCCUCCACCAUCAUGAACCAUCCAACCCACAAGAGUCUGAAAGCUGCGUACUCCUUCUACAACGUCCACACACAGACCCCUCUUCUAGACCUUAUGAGCGACGCCCUUGUUCUAGCCAAAAUGAAGGGGUUCGACGUAUUCAAUGCACUGGAUCUCAUGGAGAACAAAACAUUCCUGGAGAAACUCAAGUUCGGCAUAGGGGACGGCAACCUGCAGUAUUACCUGUACAAUUGGAAAUGCCCAAGCAUGGGGGCCGAGAAGGUUGGGUUGGUGUUACAGUAACCAGUUGCCAGUGAGAUUCUGGAUAAAGCCACUGAGAAUCCAAACCAGGAAACGGAACCCUUCCACUUGUUGGUCCAACUUUCACAGAUGUGAGAUCUCUGGCAAGCAGAACAGAACUGAACCGGCUUUACCAAACCGCCAGUGAACUUGACAAUUAUAUCGCGAUGGUGUAGGCUGCGUGAUGUCACCUUUAGCCAUGUUUCUGGUCUCCCUGUUUUCAAUGAAUUAACUCGCUCACGCAGCCGUGAUCAAGGGAAUGUAACUGCUGAAACCUAGCUCGUGAUUGGCAUAUUAUGGAGUUAACGGGUGAAUAAUAAAAGUAUAUAUAUUAUAUAUAUAUAUAAAUAUUCUAAAUAUCUUUCAUGUUCCAAAUGUACAAGGAUGUUUGGUCUCUAACAAGAAAGAAGCUGAAUCCAGUCAUUCUUUAAAAUGAGAGCCCAAGGACAGCGUCAGACAGAUGUGCAUUGUACAAUUAUUGUUCAGAAGUGGUGGCUGUUGUCAGCAGGAGCAGGAGAAAGAGGAUCUGGGGAGUCUCACCUAGUUUCCCUUUGGAAUUGGCUGCUCUGCAGGCUUUGAACAAAGAGGUAAGGUAGAGGGGCUGCCAGCUCAGGAGAGGGCUCGGAUCUCCAGGAUGGCAGGACAAGCUUCUAGGGUGGAACUGGCCAUGGGCAGAUACCAGACUACUGCAUUUCGAGACCAGGAAGUGGUGACAAUCAUUGGAGUAGAUUCAUUAAUCAAGUCCCUCUUCCAUCUCCUGGGUCUUGUCCCAGAGGACACCAUCCUACCAAGUGAUUUUAAAAGGCUUCUGAGCUGGCUCGUGCCAACCAUACAUGUGUGUGUUUUCUGAGAGACUUUAUCCUCACUGCCUAGGAUGAUUAGCAUUUUGAAAGGGACUUUGGGCCUUGUAGUAUCUGGGACCUUGAGACCACAUCAACACAAGCUCUGUCUAAGGCAUAUUAGAGCAAAGAGGGAGUGAGUUCCCAGGGAGGCUGAGCGGUCGUGGUGUCGUGGUGUGGUGAUGCCCAGGCCCUUUAAUCCCAGCCCCUGCCUGUGCCUUCCAACCCGUCAGCCAUCUUGUGUGCUCCUUUGUCUCCUUCCUAGAGUGUGCAGCCCACAGUGGCCACGAGAAACAGUGACCAGAGAUGAUCUAGACUCGGCGGCGUUACCAGUGUCUGGGUCUGAUUAUCACUGGUGCUGUUGUGGGCUUUGUGGUGGUAGUGAUGGUUAUUGAUGCUGCCAGUUUUUCCAGAAGUAGUCAAGCUCCUGAUCACAUGGCUGCCUGUGUGGGCAUUCUUGAGCGGUGUUGAGCCAAGUGGCCCGGGAGAAUUGGGCUAAACGGUUAGCACACCACACCCAGCCUCCUUGUGCUCUAGGAGAAAGCUCCACGUGACACGUAGUGGGGAAUUUCUUUGCUGUUUCACCUCUUGGCAUCUUGGGGGUCAGGAGCACCUUAUAGGGAAAAGAAGCCUUAGCCACUAGCCAGGUUCAGCCUUGUCCCCUGAACUGUGAGCUGUCCUACAGGUGAGCAGGGGUUUGAGUCACGCUGUAGCGUCUGGUGCUGGGCUGCAGAAGCCAAUGCUGCAUUGCCUCAGCUGAAGGGAACUGUGCUGGGGACGCAUCCCGCUGUGGAGACUGCCGCUGGAGACGGAAGCUCUGCUUGGAAGAUUCUCCUCAGAGGCUUCUAGGGACCUUCCUUCCCUUCAUGUCCUGUGCUGCAAACUGCAAGAGCCAGCGAAGGUGGCUGACUUGUGACUCCAGAUACUCAGACCAAAGAAGCUGUUGUUAUUGGCAAAAUGUGCACUGAGUUCUACAGAAGGGAGGGGUCCGAGGCGGGGCUCCCCUCAGCCUCUGUCAUCAGACACUGCCCUAAGUGCCCAAGUGGGCUCACCCUGCCCACACUUUAAAGAACAGAGUACUCCAGUCUUUCCUUCUUGGGCAGGCCUGGAAUGUGGAAAGCCCUCCUGUCUUAUGCUCUCAGCUGUGGGCCAGCCCUCAGCUCAGACUGCUUCUGAGGUUUGGGGAACACAAAUCUCUGGCGUGAGCUUUGGUUUCAUUGACCCUGGUCAUGGAACAAAAACAGUGAACCCCAGGGGAUGCUCUGGAAGAUCUGCUGGCAUGGACUCUGUCCCCAAAACCAGGUGGCUUGCUCUGCUUCUGCCGCUGCCUUGAGAUGGGCGCCCUGCCCAGGUCUGCAGGAGUUGGCUCAGGGGUUGUUUUUAAGUCUUGUUUUUAUCCAAACUGUUCUGGUGUCUUCAUUCAACCCUCAUGGGAUUGGGGCUAAAGAGCACCAUUUGUGGGGUUCACAGCUACUCCACAGUCUUUGAUGUAUGGCAGCCCUGUGACUGGCUUGGAGCAAACGAGAAGGGCCUUGGGGCAGCCUCUGUGGGCCUGAGCCUAGUCCUCUGCCGUGUCCUUUCCUUUCUUGCCUUUGGAUUGACCCUCCAUGCUACCAUGGACACCAGUCUGUAGAAGUGAGCUGAGUAGAAAGGCCUUAACUCUGGACUGAGGUCUCAUGGGCUCACUGUCCCCACUCAGGCCUGUCUCAGAAGGUGUUGGUAUCUGAGGAUUGGCUCACACCAAGCUCUGCUGACACUCAGUUUUUAAUGGAAAAUCUCAGGCCUUGCCCCUUCUUUCUGCCAUUUGUUGCCAGUACUUGCUGGCGCUCUGAAGCCCAGAGGCAGGUGUCUUUGUGGUUUUGAAUUGUUUCCAAAGAUGGCCAGCACUAAACCAACCUGGGAGCCCAAAGGCCCUGAACAGUUUUCCUGGAGCUUCUACAUCUAAAAGAGAGAGACUCUCAGGAAAGGGAGCUGGAGUAUCUCUCUGGCCUUGUUCACCUGUCCUUGAACCAGAGAUCUGUUGUGUUUUGCUGCAGAGUGAAGGCAGGUCUACAGACGGACUGCACCUGAGGAGAUUCAGGACGGUUUUCACUGAAUUAAACUGUUAACUGUGGCCAUGAGGUGCUGCAUCUGGGGGCGGGCGGGAGUGCUUCCCUUUUUUGUCUUGGCUUUUCUUUGGGCUGUGCUGGGGGCAUUCAUUGCUGGGGUGGGGGCAGAGAUACCAAAUGCACUGUUCCACUCCAGACAUCUCACUUGUUCCUAAUAAAGGAAGCCGUUCAACAGUC